AUGCAUAUUCAUAUCGGUAAAGAUAAUAUAAAGCCAGCAAGCGCGCACACGAGGCCGGACAUCCCACCACCGAUAAUCCCGACGGAGGGGUCGGCCGAGAGCGGCCCCGUGAACGUCACUUGCUCCUGGCUGAAGCUUUUCUUCAAAACGGACCGCCUCGAGGCGCCGUACGACGAGGGCUUUUUCCUAGGGCUGCUGCUCAUGGGCUGUUUACUGUUAUUAGCUGUUCUCCUUUUGGAGUUGGGCGUACGAUUAACGUCUCCGUCGUUGUUGGUGCAGAGAAUGAGCUUAGCCGGCCGGACGGUGGGUUUUGGGGAGAUGACGACGGGGAUGAAUGGCUGUGGAGAGAGAGCGGUGAAGGUGCGAGAUACUGUUAAAGCCAUGGCCAAGCCCAGCUGUCUGUGUGUAGAGGAUAAAAUACAAGACAUUACUGCCAAAAAUUUCAUCCAGCAGAACAUAGAGUCGCACAAUACCUAA